GCGGGCACUUCCGCCGGAAGUGGUGCCUGAGGGGAGCGAGGAGGAGCAGGGACGGGAGGGAAGCGGCGGCGGGCGGCCGCAACCAUGAACAUCCGGAAUGCGCGGCCGGAGGAUCUGAUGAACAUGCAGCACUGCAACCUGCUCUGCCUGCCCGAGAACUACCAGAUGAAGUAUUAUUUCUACCAUGGCCUCUCCUGGCCUCAGCUCUCUUACAUCGCCGAGGAUGAGAAUGGGAAGAUUGUGGGCUACGUCCUGGCCAAGAUGGAGGAGGAUCCCGAUGACGUUCCUCAUGGACACAUCACAUCCCUGGCGGUGAAGCGCUCACACAGGCGCCUUGGGCUGGCGCAGAAGUUGAUGGACCAGGCCUCGCGUGCCAUGAUCGAGAACUUCAACGCCAAAUACGUCUCCCUCCAUGUCCGCAAGAGCAACCGGGCAGCUCUGCACCUCUACUCCAACACGCUCAACUUCCAGAUCAGCGAAGUGGAGCCCAAAUACUACGCUGACGGUGAGGACGCUUACGCCAUGAAGCGCGACCUCACCCAAAUGGCCGACGAGCUCAGGAAGCAGGUGGAGCAGAAGGAGCGUGGCCGCCCCCCCGCUCCCACCGAGCCCCCCCGAAGCGGAGAUGGGGUUUGUGGGAGUGGGGGGGUCUCCCAAAAUCCCCCCGCGCCCCCCCCUGAAGAUGGAGGGGGAGACAGCAAAGAUCUCAGCGAGGUGAGCGAGACCACCGAGAGCACUGACAUCAAAGACAGCUCCGAGGCCUCCGACUCCGCUUCUUAGGGACCCCCCCCAAAUCCCUAAGGAGCCCCAAAACCCCAGGGACCCCCCCUUGGUGCUGGGGGGGAACAA